UAGGGUUUAACUCUUCACUAACUCCAACGUUACUCACGGUUUGAGUCAUAAGUUAGUUGUUAUUGCACCCGAAGACGGGUUGGAAGCGACGGGACCACCGGGUUUCGGGUUCCGGGUUCCGGGUUCAAACACAUCAAAUGGUCGAACACGGUUCCCUGUUCCUCCGCUGAGCUGCUCCCCUGGUGAAGGAUGAACAAGCUUUCUCUGGGAGAUAAAGCUGCUUCAAGCAGAGUAAACCGCUGGGUGGAUCCGUCUUUCACUGAUUUGCCCGGGGAAAGCUUCUCUCUGCCUGGGAGGAGAAAGGGCAGCCAGGCUUCAUGUUCUACAGCUAAACCCAAGAGGGGGAGGAAGAGGAAAGGAGACACGGGCAGCUUAGAGCCCCACACGUCCUGCCUGCUGAAAGAGUCAGUCCAGAGGGACCAGGAUGAGCCCUGGGUGGACAGAUAUUUGCCCCGUUCACAGGCUGAGCUAGCUGUACAUAAGAAGAAGAUAGAGGAGGUGGAGAACUGGAUGAGAGUUCACACAAACUCAUCAAAGCAGGGUGGCAUCUUACUGCUGACGGGUCCGUCCGGAUGUGGAAAGACCGCUACAGUCCAGGUUCUGUGUUGGGAGCUGGGCCUCAGGAUUCAGGAGUGGAUCAACCCCACCAACGUGGAGCCAUACAGCAGCAGUCAGAAUGAGUGGAGGAUGAACGGUUUUUCCUGCAGCUCCCAGUUAGCCCAGUUCCAGGAGUUCCUCCUCAGGGCCAACAAGUAUAACUGCCUGAGGAUGGCAGGUGAUGGAGGAGCUGCAGACAGGAAGCUCAUACUGGUGGAGGAUAUGCCAAACCAGUUCUACAGGCAGCCGGGCAGCCUGCACGAUAACCUGAGGCGCUUUGUGAAGACCGGUCGUUGUCCCCUGGUCUUCAUCGUGUCAGACAGUCUGAGUGGAGACAGCAGCUCACGCUUUCUGUUUCCCAGAGAGAUCCAGGAGGAGCUGGACAUCUGCAGCAUCAGUUUCAAUCCAGUCGCUCCAACCACAAUGAUGAAAGUCCUGAACCGCAUUUCAGCCCUGGAGGCAGGAAAGAGCUGUGGGAGGAUAUGUGUCCCAGACCAGGCAGUGCUGGAGACGCUGUGUUCAGGAAGCUCCGGAGAUAUUCGUAGCGCCAUCAACAGCCUCCAGUUUUCCUCCCUCCCAGACACGUCUUUGGAAAAGAGGCUGUGGACGAUGAAGAAGGACAGACCUGUGACGACCAGGACAAACCGGAAGAAGAGGUCCAAAAUGACAAAGGAGCAUGAAGAGGAGAAGGCGAUUGGAGGGAAAGAUGCUUCUUUGUUCCUGUUCAGAGCUCUGGGAAAGAUCCUGCACUGCAAACGAGGGACUCAUGAAGGUGGUGAAGCAGCUGAAGGAGCCUCUGCACCUGGUCUAUCACCUCACCUGUCUCAUCACCACAGAGAAGCGUUAUUAGUGGACCCUGAGCUGGUCGUUGACCGCUCACACAUGUCUGGAGAGUUCUUCAACCUGUACCUCCACCAGAACUACCUGGACUUCUUCUCUGAGGUGGAGGAUGUGGACCGCGCCACCGAGUACCUGUCGGACGCUGACCUCCUCACUGCUGAUUGGACGAGCCGCAGCACCAUGGGGGAUUAUGGGUGUUCAGUUGCCACCAGAGGGCUCCUUCACUCCAACUCUCAGCAGGUUUCUGUCGGCUUCAGACCUCUGCACAAACCCAGCUGGCUGCUGAUCAGUAAGAAGCACCGGGAGAACUGCCUGGCGGCCCAGUCUCUGUUCAGGAGCUUCUGUCUGGCUCCAGUCAGCCUGCAGACUGAGCUGCUGCCAUACCUGGCCAAGCUCACCAACCCCAUGAGGAACCAAGCUCAGAUAGCUUUCAUCCAGGACGUGGGUCAGAUGCCACUGAGGAGGUUCUCCAGCAGAUUAAAACUGGAGGCUCUGACAGACAAAGAGCCGGGUCAGCUGGACACAGACAAUGAGGAGGAGGAGAAAGAGGAAGGUGAGGGUGGAGUUGAGGAAGGUCUGCCAGCCAGUCAGCCUCCACCUACUACACACCAAGUCCUGUUGGAGGAGGAGGACCUGACCAUAGAGGAGUAUAUCAGUGACUAACACACAGCUUUACAUCCACUGUCAUACUGUGACUCACUUUCACUUUUUCACUGUCCAGUUUGUGUUUGUGUAUGAUUUUCUAAACUGAGUUGUGGUUUACUUUGGAGGAAGAUGAGCACAAUGUGAAGAGAUAAAGAGUUCUGAUUCGAGGAGAAACAUGUUGCUGUUCAGAAGUUCAUCUUCACUUUAAUUUUAAUUACAGUUAUAACUAAGCGGAUUCUCCACUUGGUCAAGCCUGAACUGAAUGUGAUUAUGUGCCUGUAACAAUGAAAGCACAGGGAUAUCGUUAUAAUAACCUCCCAAAGUGACCUUUAACAAUUCAGUUUUACCAGUUGUCAGUAUUUAUUAGUCUUUAUGUGCAGGUUUUUGUUUUGUUAAUGGAGAGCUGUCCUGUAAACCAGCCUGUAGCUGAUGUCUGUUUUCACUCUGUCUCAUGGGUGGAGAAUAAGAAACAUUUCAUUAAUGCUUAUUAAGGGAUAAAAUGUUUAAAUCUAAAUAAGCAUGUGAAUAAAAUACUGUGUGAAAAGCUGAA